GCUGUCGUCGCCGGCGCCGCGGAGCCCACGUGCGUGUGUUGACUUCCGGGUGGGAAUUUUGGUUUCUUGGCGUUCUCGCCAUGGGCAAACGCCGGAGCCGAAGCCAGAGCCAGCUGCUCAGUACCCUGACGAAAAAGCAGAAGAAGCAUCUUCGGGAUUUUGGCGAGGAGCAUCCCUUCUAUGACAGAGUUUCCAGAAAGGAAGCAAAACCACAGAUUUGUCAACUGUCAGAGAGCUCAGAUUCUUCAAAUUCUGAGAAUGAGUCGGACAAUGAGCCAGAACAAGUUUCUGGGUACCACAAACUGCUUGCUACUUUAACACAUGCUUCUGAGGAGGAGGAGGAGGAAGAUGAUGAAGAAGAGGAGGAAGAUGAGGAAGAAGACGAUGUUGUGGAUGAUGCAGAUGUUAAUGAUGAAGAUGACGGUAGUGAUGUCAGUGUGGAAGAAGAAACAGAGUCCACUGAAAUACAGGAAGAUGUGGCCGUAUCUGGUAACCCUGAAGGGAAAGAUGGAGGAGAGCCGCCUGGGGCAUCACAGAAAUCCCCAGAGGAGUUCACAGAUGGAAAACACGAGGCACUGUUCAGCCUGGAAACCAAUUUUCUUGAGGAGCAAAGUGGAGACAGCUGUUCUCUGAAGGCAUCACAAGAUCCGUUUCUGCAACAUGUGAACAAAGAACUGAAAGAAAAAGAAGUUCAAGCUGUUGCCACAAACCCCAAAACUACCCACCAGCUAAAAUGGCCCAUCCUGGGCCAGCUUGUCUUUUCAUCCAAGUUUCAGAAGUUGGAAACAUUUAAACCUCCAAAGGAUAUUGACUUACAGUCACUUCAUCUCCAAAAGCCUCUGGAAUCCACCUGGACCAAGACCAAUAGUCAGUUCCUAUCUGGAUCUCCAAAGUCAAGUGGUUCCUUCACCCCUCUCCAGAAAGAGCUCUUCUUAAUUAUGAAUUCUUACCGGGACCUGUUCUACCCAGAGAGGACGGCCCUGAAGAAUGGGGAAGAGAUCCGUCAUGUGUACUGCCUGCAUGCGAUCAAUCAUGUCCUCAAAGCCAAUGCCCAGGUGCUUGGUAACAACAGCAGACGCCGAAGCCAGAAACUUGGGGUGGGUGAUGACGAUGACUUCAGAGACCAAGGGCUAACGAGGCCCAAGGUGCUGAUCGUGGUGCCUUUCCGGGAAGCUGCCUUGCGGGUGGUGCAGCUCUUCAUCAGCCUCCUUGAGGGUGACAGCAAGAAGAAAAUCAUCGUAAGCAAUAAGAAGAGGUUUCAGGGAGAAUAUGGAUCGGAUCCUGAGGAGAGACCACCCAACCUGAAGAGGCCUGAGGAUUACGAUGCUGUGUUUGUGGGCAACAUCGAUGACCACUUCAGGAUUGGUGUGGCAAUACUUCAGAGAAGCAUCCGACUCUAUGCCCCCUUUUACUCUUCCGACAUCCUCAUUGCCUCCCCUCUUGGCUUGAGGACCAUCAUUGGUGGAGAAGGAGAGAAGAAAAGAGAUUUUGACUUUUUGUCAUCUAUUGAGCUGCUCAUCAUUGAUCAAGCUGACAUUUACCUGAUGCAGAACUGGGAGCAUGUCCUGCAUCUCAUGAACCACAUGAACCUACUGCCUUUGGACUCCCAUGGAGUAGACUUUUCUCGAGUGCGGAUGUGGAGCCUCAAUAACUGGUCCAAGUACUAUCGCCAGACAUUGCUGUUUGGGGCCUUGCAGGACGCCCAGGUCAACUCGUUGUUCAGCCAGCACUGCAGCAAUUUACAAGGCCAGGUGGCAGUAAGGAACGUCCCGAUGACAGGCUCCAUCAGCCACGUGCUGGUGCAGCUUCCGCACGUCUUCCAGAGGAUGGAAACUGAGAACCUCUCAUCAGUGAUUGAUGCCAGGUUUAACUUUUUCAUAAAUAAGAUUUUGCCUCAGUACCGUGAUGCCGUCAUGUCCCACACACUCAUCUAUGUCCCUUCCUACUUUGACUUCGUGCGUCUCCGGAAUUACUUCAAGAAGGAGGAACUGAACUUCACUCACAUCUGCGAAUACACCCAGAAGUCUGGUGUCUCCAGGGCUAGACAUUUCUUCCUUCAGGGAGAAAAGCAGUUUCUACUCCUAACGGAACGCUUCCAUUUCUACAAAAGGUAUACCAUAAAAGGCAUCAGGAACCUGAUAUUCUACGAACUGCCGACAUACCCUCACUUCUACAGUGAAAUCUGUAACAUGCUGCAAGCCACCAACAGAGGAGAGGAGGCCACGUGGACUUGCACCGUGGUCUACUGCAAGUACGAUGCCCAGAGGUUAGCUGCCGUGGUCGGUGUGGAGCGGGCGGCCCAGAUGCUGCAGUCCCAGAAGAAUGUGCACCUCUUUAUUACUGGAGAAAAGUGAGCGUGUGUUGGACAGCACCGGACGAGGUAUUCAGUGUGACGCAUUGGCCUUGUGCCCCUUGGGCCAUUUCUGAGGACUCCUCCCAGGAAGGGUGGCUACAGGGAUGAGCUCUUGGUCGUGUCCUGUUACCUGAUGCUUGUGUGUUUUCAGAUGAUGUCCCUGGAAACUUCCGUGGCCGCCAAACUUUGUUAAAUCUCAGCUUUCAGAGUUCCUAACUUCUACCUUUUUUUAAAAAAAAUGUGGUUUAGCUUCUAAUUUAUUUCACUUGGAAAAUUCUCUCAGAUUUGCCGUUUGUUUUGGCACUUUCUUAAAAGUAAAGCAUCCACGUCACAGCUUGUGAAUCUUGGUGAGAAAUUGGAACACUUGUCAGUGCUGAGUGUCAUCUUAGUUUUCGAUGGCACAGAUUGUGGAAAACUGCUAUUUUUUCCCCAGCCAAACUUUAAAAAAAAAUCUUAUAUAAAUAUUCUAUUCUACUUUAAUUCAACAUAGAAAAGUACAUUCAUUCACUGAUCUUUUCAGAAGCUCAUAAUGGUAAAGAUAUUUAAUUUAGUUCAGAUAUGUUAUAUAAAGUAAUAUCGCGGCCUCUAGAGUAGCUAGGUUUACAGAUGUGAGCCACCAGCACCAGCAUUGAAGUGAUUUUAAAUGGAUUUUUAAAAAAUUACAGAUAUGUAACCUGAACUGUUUGAGUGAGAGUAGGCCGUUAUUCCCAGACUCUCUUUUUGGAAAUACCAGGGUUUGAACUUAGUGCCUUGAGCUUGCUGAGCGGGCUCUCUCAUAACUUAAGCCACCCUCUUACUCUUUUUUGCUCUUGUUAUUUUUUACAUAGGGUAUUAUUUUUGCCCAAGACCAGCCUUGGGUCCACAGUUCCCUCUACAUAUGCCUCACUGAGAUGACAAGCAUGCACAGUUAAUGCCCAGUUUGUUUUGUUGUUAGAGUGUCUCAAUAACUUUGUACUUAUCCUGGCCUCAAACCUCAGUCUUCCCAGUCUUCAUCUUCUGAGUAGCCAGGAUUACCGGAGUCACUGGCUCCACCCCAGAUUGUCCUUAGUGUGUAUACUCCUCCAGUAUCUCCUAGGACAAUAUCCUAUGUAACCACAAAACUACCAUACAAACCAGAAACUUAUCCCCCAAUACACUAUGGCUGCCUACUACAAAGCCAUUGAGGUUUUGCCAGAUGCACCAGUCAUGUCCUUGCUGGCAGAAGGAUGCAGUUCAGUUACCACUGCCUCUCCUUGUUUGGUCUAGUGUCCUUCAUUCUGAAAUAGAGCCUCGUUUUUUCUUGGUUUCCUUGACCUUGACACCUGCAAGCAUGACGUUUUGGUAGACUUAGAUGAAGUGAGGCGGGAGCCGCACAGAAGCACUGUGAGUCCUCAUGGCACCGCACUGGUUUCCCCCAUCGUCUGCCCCAUUAUUGACACUUAACAACGACUUAUCACA